AGUUGCUGACACAGAAUGAGAAUGUUUCGUGGCAUUUUUUGUGAAUAUCUUUCUGAGUGUCGAUAAUAAACUAUCGAGCGCAUGUGCUUUCUUCUUCUUCAAACACGAUGGCGUUUGCAAUCGAUUGCGAUUUUUUGCGUCUUGUAAAAUCCUCUUCGAGUCUUCCUAUUGUUUUAUAAACUACACACUUCGUAUCACGCAACACUUUACGUCCGACAUUUUGUUCUUUAUAUUUUCGCAUCAUACAUCUUUGGAAUAAAAUGUUUGCCGCCAUGCCGCCAUUAUUCGUUUGCUUUGAUUCAUCACGGCAGUAACGUAUCUGUAGCUAUGCAUAAUCAACACAGAUACACAAGUGCACAAGUAACGGAACUAUAACUUUACGACUUGACAUUACUGUAAACUGUAUAUUGUAACGCUGAUGUGAAUUAAAAAUGCCCAAAGUACGUAGAAGUAAGAAACCUCCGCCAGAUGGUUGGGAAUUAAUUGAACCGACGCUGGAAGAAUUAGAACAGAAAAUGCGAGAAGCUGAAACGGAACCUCACGAGGGCAAGCGAAAACAAGAAUCUUUAUGGCCCAUAUUUAAAAUUCACCAUCAGAAAUCACGAUACAUAUAUGACUUAUAUUAUAGACGGAAAGCGAUAAGUCGCGAAUUGUAUGAUUAUUGCCUGAACGAAAAUAUAGCAGAUAGAAAUUUGAUAGCCAAGUGGAAGAAAGUGGGAUACGAAAACUUGUGCUGUCUACGUUGUAUACAACACAGGGAUACUAACUUUGGUACAAAUUGUAUUUGUAGAGUACCUAAAGGCAAACUCGAAGAAGGCAGAAUAGUGGAAUGUAUUCACUGUGGAUGCAGAGGAUGUUCUGGAUAACAUUUAGCGAUGACUACAAGAUACGUAUUUAUGUUUCUGUUAAUGGUAUUGCACUGUAUAUUACUGAAAACUGUAUUGCAUAAUAUCGAUGACCUAUGAAAGUAUCAAGUUAUAAAUUAAAA